AGGAGGAGGAGGAGGAGGAGGAGACGGAGACCCUCAACUUGGCUCUCCGGAGUCGGUGCACCUCCAGGCGCGGUGCAGUCUCAGCUCUCCUGCCGGCCCGGAAUGCUCCACCCGCGGAGGGGGGAGUGAUCCGCAGCCGGCGUGCAGCAUGCAGGCGGAGGACAUGGAGGUCCCGGUCAUCAACAACCUCAACGACAACGGCGACAGGCAGCGGCCGAAGGGGAAAGAUGUGUUCAAGGACCAGCAGAAGGAGUCGGAGAGCUCCAUGGAGUCUCCGAACCUGGAGUUUGAGUAUGGAGACACGGACACGCUCACGGCCGAGCUCUCGGAGCUCUACAGCUACACGGAGGAGCCGGAGUUCGCCCUCAACAGAGACUACUUCGAGGAGGACUUCAGGAGCCACGCUAAAGGCCGGCGGUGGAUCGAGCUGGCGGCGGAGGAGCAGAGGGCGUAUGUGAUGAGGCUGCUGGACGCGCUGGAGGUCACGGACAGGGACAAGAGGCUGAAGGUCGCCAGGGCCAUCCUGUACCUGGCUCAGGGGGUGUUUGACGAGUGCGACACCGAGGUGGACGUGCUCCACUGGUCCAGGCACAACGUCUUCCUGCUCUACGACAUGGGCAUCUUCACCGCGCUGCUGGAGCUGCUCAGCAUGGAGAUCGAUAACAACCAGGCGUGCAGCAGCGCCGUCAGGAAGCCCGCCAUCUCUCUGGCAGACAGCACAGAGCUCAGAGUGUUACUGAGCAUCAUGUACCUGAUGGUGGAGACCAUUCGAGUCCAGACAGAAGACGACCGGCCCGAGUGGACUGCGGCCAGGGAGUCCUUCAAGAAUGAGCUGGGAUCGCCCAUGUACAACGGCGAGCCCUUCGCCCUGCUCCUCUUCACCAUGGUCACCAAGUUCUGCAGCAUGAACGCGCCGCACUUCCCCAUGAAGAAGGUGCUGCUGCUGCUCUGGAAGACCACUCUGUUCACGCUGGGAGGUUUCGAGGAGCUCCAGGAGAUGAAGGUGCGGGGCCGCGAGCGCCUCCACCUGCCGCCGCUGCCGGAGGACAGCAUCAAGGUGGUGAGGGCCAUGAGGGCGGCGUCGCCGCCGGCCUCCGCCAUGGAGCUCAUCGAGCAGCAGCAGCAGCAGAAGCGAGGCCGCCGCAGCCGCCGGAGUGCCUUUGUUGAUAGCUUGGAAGGAGACAGUCCCUUUCCCAAGAAGCAGCCUCUGGUCAAGCAGGACAGCCUGGACACCUACAACGAGCGGGACCCCUUCAAGAACGACGACGCCCGGGACGAGGAGGAGGACCCCGAGGACACGGACAGCGGCAUCGAGGGCGAGGUGGACCCGCUGGACCGGGACGUCAUCAUCCAGCCGCCGCCGCCGCCGCCCCCGCUGAGGCCCCCGACGGAGAGGGUCAACUUCCCCAAAGGCCUUCCCUGGGCGCCCAAAGUCAGGGAGAAAGACAUCGAGCACUUCCUGGAGACCAGCAGAAACAAGUUCAUCGGCUUCACUUUGGGAAAUGACACGGAGACCCUGGUGGGCUUACCCAGACCCAUUCACGAGAGCGUGAAGACUCUGAAACAGCACAAAUAUGUUUCCAUCGCUGAAGUCCAGAUUAGGAAGGAGGAGGAGCUUCAGCAGUGUCCUCUGACUCUGGGGGAGGAGGAUGUGGAGGAGACGCCGGCGGAGAUGCUUUACCUGGGAAUGCUUCCCAACCUCUCACAGUAUGUGAUCGCCCUCCUAAAGCUGCUGCUGGCCGCAGCGCCGACUUCCAAAGCGAAAACAGACUCCAUCAACAUCCUGGCUGAUGUCUUGCCCGAGGAGAUGCCAAUCACCGUCCUCCAGAGCAUGAAGCUGGGGAUCGACGUGAACCGCCACAAAGAAAUCAUCGUCAAGGCCAUCUCCGCCCUGCUGCUGCUGCUGCUCAAGCACUUCAAGCUCAAUCAUAUCUAUCAGUUCGAGAUCGUCUCCCAGCACCUGGUGUUUGCCAACUGCAUCCCACUCAUCCUCAAGUUCUUCAACCAGAACAUCAUGUCUUAUAUCAGUGCCAAAAACAGCAUCUGUGUGCUGGACUUCCCCCACUGUGUGGUCCAUGAGAUGCCUGAGCUCACAGCAGAAAGCCUGGAAGCAGGAGACAGCAACCAAUUCUGUUGGAGGAACCUGUUUUCUUGCAUCAAUCUGCUGAGGAUCCUGAACAAGUUGACCAAGUGGAAACACUCCAGGACCAUGAUGCUGGUUGUUUUCAAGUCGGCCCCCAUCCUGAAGAGAGCGCUGAAGGUGAAGCAGGCCAUGAUGCAGCUCUACGUCCUCAAGCUGCUGAAGAUCCAGACCAAGUACCUGGGCCGCCAGUGGAGGAAGAGCAACAUGAAGACCAUGUCGGCCAUUUACCAGAAGGUGCGCCACCGGCUCAACGACGACUGGGCCUACGGGAACGAUAUCGACGCCCGGCCCUGGGAUUUCCAGGCGGAGGAGUGCGCCCUGCGGGAGAGCAUCGAGAAGUUCAACGCGCGGCGCUACGACAAGAACAGGAACGGCGAGUUCGCGCCGGUGGACAACUGCCUGCAGAGCGUGCUGGGCCAGCGGGUGGAGCUGCCCGAGGACUUCCGCUACAGCUACGAGAUGUGGCUGGAGAGGGAGGUGUUCUCGCAGCCCAUCCAGUGGGAGGGGCUGCUGCAGGAUCCGUAGGCGGACGGACGGCAGGAGGGGAGGGACGGCCACACGCACACUUUACGCUAACAUGUGCCUACGACUACUGUGAAGACGCGACAGGCAUGACCAGAGGUAGCACUUCGUCAAGAAAACACGUGGAAACGUAGCAGGAGGCUGUCUGACUGCCCCUCAUGUUACACAGUGAAUCGUCAGUUUAUAUGUCCCCCCCCCCACACGCACACACACACACACACACACACACUUUUUUUAAACCGGUCGGUGCUUUUCUGACUCUUUUUCUGAUUGUUUUGUAUCCGUGCGUGUUAAACAUUUUAUGAGAAAUGAUUUUUUUUCAAAAGAAGGUGUAAAUUUAAAUGAUUUCUAAUCAUUUUUGUUGCUUUGUUUUUUUUAAUAUUAUGAUUUUAACACAAAGCCUGUAGGAAUCGUCGGUCGCGGAUGCUAGAUUCGAAAUGUCUUACUAUGUAUUUUGCAGAAAAGAACAAAUUCUACCACGAUGUCAUGGUAGCUCAAAUGUAGAAGUGAGAGCUCUGUGCUCUCAUGGCACCAAAAAAAACCAACAAAAAAACAAGAACACACUUAUAUAUACACCAGCUAGAAGUAUGAGGGUUUGUUCAUGGAUGAUAGGUAACUUUCUGUUCAGAAAACAGUAAAAAGAUGGUUAAAUGUGGGCAGAAAGUGUUAGUAGAGAGAAAAACAAUAAGAAGAAAACACUCUUUUUCUUUUAAAAGUAUUUCUUAUUCACCUAACAUCAAUAAGAGGCUGUCAAAAGUCAUAUUUUCUCUUUCUCGUGUUAAAAGAAAAUCAUAAUGACACGCUCUCCCUGAUCUACAGCAGAUUUUAUUUCACUUUUAGAUGUUAUUGAGUGGCUGUUUCUAGUUUCUGGUGAACUGGAAACGGGUUUGCAGCCUUUUUUUUUAAAGACAUAGCCUACUAGGGGGGCUUCAAAGAAAAAAAAAAACCAUGGCUUUGUGAUUUCUUCACAGACUUACUUGAUAAAAAUUAAACCUAUAAAUAUUCCUACUCUAUUGAUUUUGGAUCAAGUGAGAAUCUCGGCUUCGUGUUGGUAGAUAUUUGGCGUCGUCUGGCCUCGAGGCCAGAAAUAAACUCGCUCCGGAUCAUUAUGUCGUCAAGGUGAGAUUUCUGUUUGAUUCUUUAAAUACAUUUUCAGUUUUGAGAGCGAAAUACUUAAAGGAUGAGCCCACAGCAAGCCCAGCAUAUUUUCUCCUCUCAGCUGGUGUCUCCCAGCAUCCCUCCUCCCCCCACCCCGAGCACAUGGCCGGCGGCUUGGCGAGCCCCGUGCCACAGUCCAGCUGACACAAAACCAAUGGUGCUGUUUGUUUUUUGUUUUUUUUUUUUUAAAUUGUCAAUGAAGGCAAACUAACUUUUUCUUCCUCAGCUUUUGACUACCUAAAAAAUAGUUUCCUGGAAAUGUCACUUAAGCACACGAGCAAGCACAGAGGACAGGAAGCACGAGCAGUCCGUGGUCUGUCUGUACCGUUACCGACUCCAGAGCCGUCGUGUAUUAUCUCUGUACAGAACAACGCAUUCGAGACUCCUGUUUUUAAACGUCUCUGUACAAUUGUGCAUGACAACUUUUCUGUUCUGUGCCCGUGUUUUGCCUCUUAACGUUUGAAUUCUUUGGUCUAAUAAUGUUUCCAGCACAACUACAACUGUAUGUUUUCUUGUAAAGCCGCGGUGCUGUACUGUCACAAUGGGUUUUAUUUACUUUCAUCCUCUUCAGGAAAGUCAGAUCUUUAAAGAAGUAAUAUUGUAUACUCUAUAGAUUCUCAGGUUUACGGAGAUAAUAUAUUGCAACAGUCUGAAAAGCUUCCUAGCCGCCGUCUAGCUCAUGAUUUGUGGGGGAGAAUGCACAUUCUUCAUCAUCAUCAUCAUCAGAAGCACCAAACAUUUCCUGCCUCAACUGAAGCAAAAGAACCGAUUGUGAUUUUGAAGUCGUCAAGUUCAAAUGUCUGGGGUUUUUUUUUGUAUCUCGUGCCAAAUCCGAGUGCCAUGUCCGGUUUUUAUUUUGUGGCUGCCAUCAACACAUUGAAACUACCAGUAAAGGUUUGCAAUACAAAGGCAUCAUUUUCUACCUGAAGACUGUACAAUCGAUGAAAAUUGCUGUUUAUUUUUUUCCUUUUGUUUUCGGUUUCUGGUAUUGUAUUUUACCAGAGGUGUUUCGCAUUGUAUGAGUGUUGCUACGGUAUAAACCAUGUGCUUUUGUUACUCACAUUUCCAUAUCUGCAAAGUCCAGAUACUGAAUUUGUUCAGGGGGGUAUGUGCAAUCGCAGAUUCACACAGGCAUUAUACAAUAGAAUGACAAACUAUGAUAUCAGAGUUGCUUAUUAAACGGUGUUGAACACUUG